UUCCUUCUUCCAACCGUACUAACCACUUAAAAUAUCUUCACCACCAUAACAAAUGCCCUCUAAUUCACCACUGACAAUGGAAAUAAUCUCCAUUACCUCUCCUACACCAGCAAAGAAGGGAAGGACGCCAGCCACCUCCACCUUAAUUCUACUCAUUUCUUGUGUUUUACGCCUACCCCUAGACUCUGUACGGCAGCGGGGCACCAACUUUACUCUGCGGAACCCACACAAAACACCAUGGGAGGGUCACGGCAGGAGUGAGGAUGCGCUCCCCUCGCCGCCGCAAGAUGAAGCAGUGCUCUUGCCCCUGAAUUAUUUGUUAGGGAUCCCAACACCUCCACCCUGAAGCACCUCCACGCCGGUCACAGUCAGGUGCGAGAGAGAGAGGCAGAGAGAAAAAAAGAGCUAGCCCUGUACACCAUGAGCAGCAUCUUGCCCACGAGCAACAAUUACAGUUAUCCAGCCGCUCAUUUCAGCUCUCUGUACUCAUCCUCAAUCCAGGCUGAAGACCUCCUCCUUCCCUCCCUACAUGAUAAGAGCUUCGUAUGCAAGUGCAGCAAGAUUUUCUCCAACAAGGCAGACUUCACCCGCCACGUGAGGGUCCACACUGGCGAGAAGCCCCACAAGUGUAGCGUGUGUAGCAGAGAGUUCUCCCUCAAGGGCAACCUCACCAAACAUAUGCAGCUCCACACUAACCAAAAGACUUACAAUUGCACUGAGUGCUCAAAGACCUUCCUCAAGAAGGUCUACCUGCACCAGCAUGCACGGGUCCACUCUGGCGAGAAGCCCUUCAAGUGUCCUCAGUGUGACCGGGCAUUCUCUCUCAAGGGCAACCUGGCACAGCACCUCAAGCUGCACACAGACCACAAGUCCCACCAGUGCUCAGAGUGCAACAAGCUGUUCAUGAAGAAGAGCUACCUGGACCAGCACAUGCGGACCCACACUGGGGAGCGACCCCACAAAUGUCCACAGUGCAAGCGUGCAUUCUCCUUGAAAGGCAAUCUGGUACAGCACCUCAAGCGGCACUCUGGAGAGAAGCCGCACACCUGCUAUGAGUGUGGCAAGUCCUUUGCCCUGAAAAGUGCCCUGCGGGAACACGACAAGGUGCAUGGGGAGGAAAAACCUUUCUCCUGCCUGGUGUGCAGCAAGGCGUUUCGCAAGAAAGUGUACCUGGUGCAGCACACACGCGUUCACACUGGCGAGCGUCCCUUCCCCUGCACGCACUGUGGCAAGGCCUUCUCCCAGCGCAGCAUCCUCAACCAGCACCUCAAGCGGCAUGGUGAGAAGUCCUACAAUUGCUCUCGCUGCCACAAGCUUUACCUGAAGAGCAUUUACUUGCCGGUCAAAACUGAGAAGGGCCAUGCAGAGCCUUCCUGGUGCCAGGACUGCAUGAAGGAGGAAAAUGUGGAGCAGUACAUCAAGCCUGACUACAACUUUGAAGAUGAUGAGGAGGAGGAGGAGGAGGAGGAAGAAGAGGAGGAGGAGAGCAUGAUCAGCGAGCAGUCCUUCAGCUCGUGCAGCAGUACUGAGCAUGACGAGUGCAACCACAAGGAGGAGUCCGCUUCCCUCACCAAAAAGUACACCAGCUUGAUGCCCAAGGUGAACCAUGGGGGCCACGGCUUGCAUCAUCACCACCACCACCAUCACCACCACCAUGACUCCCUCACUGAGUAUAGCAUCACCAAUCUGGCAGCCAAGGGUAGCAGGAACAGCCUGGCCGAUGUGUACCACUCCCGUUACUAUACCGGCCACAUGGGCAUCGGGGGAGAAGCCGGCCACCACAAGGCAGGAGGCAGUGUGGGCCAGGGCCUCAAUGCCUCCUUGUAGUGCCAUGAGCCGGCCACACAUCACCUGUAGUGUGGCUGGGUGGCGCUGGUGCUGCUGUGGCAUCGUGGUGGCCGAGGUUAAUGUUGGUCAAGGAGAAACAUCUUGUCAUGAAAUAAGUGAUAACUAUGUUCUCUUUUUAGGUGUAAGAAUUCAUUAUAGUACAAAUAUCCAAAUUGAUCUUUAUUUUUAUUUUAUUUAUUUAUUUUUUUUUUUUCUCUCAAUUGACUAAUUAUGAUGUGACAAAAUGCAGUUGCCAGCUUUCUCUGAGGUAGCAUCUAAAUGUUGUCAGACUAACGCUGUCUCACAAGCACGUUUUGCAACCCAGUAGUGUUGUCCGGUUCUUGUAUUCAUGUGUCAAACAUUGUCCAUUCUUCCCAGAGCUUGGUGGACGAGGAGCACUCUUGUUCCCAUCAUUGCUGCCAUUGACUUGAUGCAUCACUCAAGCACCAAAGUCUCAUCAAAUUAUCUGAAAGCCGAGUGUCAAGUAUUACCGUUCAGGAGUGCCAUGUCACCAACCGUUGUGUUAGGCGCAGUAUUACCAUUAGCACACAGGUUCACUGGAAGCUCUUGAGAUAUGGAGGCUUGCACACUUUCUCCAAAUUGGUUUAGCAAAGCAGGUCUAAACACUGGUGAAUGAAAUACCUGAUCAAUCCUGCCAAUCUCCCAGUCUUGACACGCCAGCCACAGCCUGCCAACUGAGCAGUGUCUCAUCAGUGCAGCAGUGCAAUGUACGAGUAUUCCCCUUCUCAGUGUCAGUAUCCUCAUUGUGGCAGAAGUUUGUUGGUCUCAGUUUCUCAUUGUCUGAGGCUUGCCUUCCCUCCUCUCUCUCCCCCUAUUGCAUUUCACCAUCAUGACGCAACACAAUAGUGCCCAGGAUGUCAGUUAGGAGAGACACCAUGAAAUUUUACACUUCCUUCCAGCACUAACCUUGGAUUUGUAUCAGUCAAACAUUACUGCCACUGUGUUGCUUUGAGGUGACCGCAGCACCACUCACGGGGUGCAGCAGUGGCAGCGGCAGCGGUGGUGGUGGUGCCAGCCGGCCGCUGCAGUGCUUGGCCUCUGCCGGUCAGGAGUAGUGAUACACAUUUAGUCUUAGAGCCAUAGCAGCAGAAUGUUUAGAUAUAUUUUUAAAAGUAGCCCGUCUGUGUCAUAUAUAUAUAUAUAUAUAUAUAUAUAUAUAUAUAUAUAUAUAUAUAUAUAUAUAUAUAUAUAUAUAUAUAUAUAUAUAUAUAUAUAUAUAUAGUAUAUAACACUGAAUGCCUAAUAUGCUUCAUAGUAGAACCCAAUUAAUUGUAGUUAGGAGAAGCAGCAGCAGCAGCACUGUGGAUCUCUGUAAAUCCUAAAGUUACACUUCAACUAAUCAUUUUUUUGUGCCACAUCAUAUUUCAACAUUCAUUUAUUGCUUUGUAGUGUCCAGAGCUUGUGAGGGCAUAGAGGUAAUGUUCAGUUUUGACUUCUCACAACAUAAUUAAUGUGAAAAGGAAACAUGCAGUAUGUGUGUGUGUGUGUGUGUGUGUGUGUGUGUGUGUGUGUGUGCGUGCGUGCGUGCGUAUGUGCGUGCUUGUGUGUAACGACGGUGAUGUUGAUAAUGAUCAGUAUUUUAUUUUGAAAAUUUAGCUUUAUCAUGAAAAUGUGCAUUUUAAACUUUGUGUGUGUGUGUGUGUGUGUGUGUGUGUGUGUGUGUGUGUGUGUGUGUGUGUGUGUGUGUGUGUGUGUGUGUGUGUGUAGAUGCAUACAUUAGUGGUAUGCACAAGGCAAGGCACAAUCUAUUUGCUUGCAAGGGGCAAGCUAGUUUCAAGUUAUUCAUCUGGGGUUGUUUAAUAACUUUAUUUUUUUCUGGCCAAAAAAGAGAAUAGUCAGCUCACUUCCUUGUAUAUAAUCAGGCUGUCACUUCUCACACACACACUGGUCAUUACUCUUUCUCACCUUUAUUGUAAGGCUGAAACUGUUUACAUCAUUCCCUCUUUCCUGUCCUGUUGCACACAGUGUGGUUUUCAUAGUGUAAUUCUAACUUUUUUUCCACACCAAAUUUCCAGUGUAAUGAUUAAGUGCAUACCAAAUAUUCCUUCCCUGCAGCUCCCUCCCAACACUGUUCUUGGUGUUAGUAUAGACCAGACCCUCUUGUUUCAGUGGCAGGGAUGUUGUGUGUUGCAGUGUGGGGCAUCAGAAAGGGAUAUUUAGUUGAGUGGAAGACUGAAGAGAUGAAUGAGUGAUCACUAAACAGAAAUCUUUGAUCAGGUAAUUAGAUUUGAUUUUCUGGUUUUGGAAGGAUCUGAAGUCAGUUAGGGAGUAUAGGUGCUGAGUUUGUGGAUUAAAAGUGAGAAUAAUGAAUAGAACAUAAGGAAGAAGCUGGGUGUAAGGAGGACUUGGUUGGCUUGUGGUGUGUUGUGGUGUGGGUGGAUGUGUGGAGUGCUAAAGAACAGCAUAGGGACAAAAAUGUGUUUGUACAUACACAAAGCACAGACAAGCAUGUGGCAUUCCAGCCGUUAUGAGUAUUCUAUGCAAAUACCUCACUUAAGCUAACUUCUCUGCCUUCUAUCUUAGGGUUUGAAAGUACACCUACAAUUAGGGAAUAACAUAAGAUUUAGAAGGGAUGGAUGCACAAAAAUAACUGCACAGAGAAGUAAGAUAAUAUAAAAAUAGAAUCUAAAUUGAUCUGCACCUAGCUUAUGCUUUGUAACAUUACAGCUGCCAACUAAAGAGUGAAUGAUUCAGGAGACCAAAGUAAAUCCCACCAUAAGUGAAUGCUACUUUCAUUGUAAUAUAAAGGUUGUUUGCUUGAUAGAUUAAACCAUAUACAACCGUAACCAUAAGUGAUGUCACAGAUUCCCACAAAAUUACCCAUGUAGUGAUGCAAGUAGUAAAUCAAAUGGGAAGGGAAGUAUUACAGUAUCUUAUGAAUGAAAAACAUUGAAAACUGUGACAUUCCUUCUGGCUGGAGCUGUGGAGAUAGACACCAGAGCAAUACCAUACGACACACACACACUCGCCGCCACGCCUCCCAGUGUCUGGCGUGGAAGUCAAACACUAAGCUAGGCACACAUGAUGGCAGGCUUCUCAGAGUGAGCGUGAGGGAGGCAGAGGGGAGUGUCAGCCUGUACAUCCAGAUUACAUACAGUCAACAGGGAAAGUAUAUUGUCUCAUCGAACGCAUCAGUCCUGUUCAUCACUAGUUUGUUUAGCUCUAUGACAGUUGUGGUGAGUUUCAUGUCUUUUGUUCCAGUUAUGGUAAAAGUGAGGCCAUGAAUCAAAGGCCAGAGGGGCAGAGGAGUAUUGUUACUUUCCUUGUUGACUGUACCUGUGUUGAAUGAGCUCAUCAAGUGUUGCAAUAUACCUCCUCCAUCUGUCAGCAUUAGUGCCAGAUUAGGUCAAAGUUUUGCAUAUACCGAGUCUAACACUUGUAAUGGCAUUUCUCUAAGAAAGUAAAUAUAUGGUCUUGUUAAUAAAAUGAAUAUUAUUAAU